CUACACUGACCAUGGCUCGCCGGAAGAUGGACGUUUCGCAUCCCAUGGGCUUCCUAUCUAUGCGCAUAUACCGCCCUACCAUUGAGUCCUUUUCGUCUCUCUACCACUUUUAUGGCCGCUUUUGACAGCUAUCCUGAGAGCCGCGAAAGAGCCGACAUCCAACAUACCUGGACCUUUCAUUGGGAGAUUCUCCCGUCUGCUGUGGCUUUACACCACUGUAUGUCACAAAUUCCAUACGGCGAACAUGUCUUGGCACGACCGUUACGGUCCCAUUGUCCGUCUUGCUCCGGGAGUAUGUUCGAUAUCAAGUCCCGAUAGAACAGUGUACAGUGAGCAGACCCGAUGUACCAAAAGUGAUUUCUACAGCGCUUUCGGACCACCUGGCAGAUCAACACUAUUCGCCGAGUCUGACAUGAAGAAACAUCGCCGCGAAAGAAAAUCUCUGGCGCCACUAUUUUCAACAACAGCUAUUGUGGAGAAAUACAGUGGAGGUAUAGAUGACUGUAACAAGCUCUUCCUACAACAGCUGGAUCGAUAUGACGACAAGAUCAUUGACAUGAAACAUUGGCUCGAAUGCUGGGCAGGCGAUAUUGGCAGCCAAGUCACAUUCGGCAAACGAAUUGGAUUUCUUGACGAAAGAGAAGAUGUCGGCCACUUGCUGCGUGCAAAAGCGUCCGUGCUUCGGUAUGGAAGCAUCGUUGGAAUUUACCCGAGAAUCCACCCAUACGUACAUGCCCUCAUGGCAUGGUGGAGAGGCAGUAAGCCUAUAUGGCUGGCCUAUGUUCUUGAAUUUACAAAGUCACGCAUGGCAGAGCUUCAAUACCAAAAGCACGACCUUGAUGGAAGCAACAAAGAUUCGACAACUGGUUGUCUGUUAGGAGGAAUGCUUGCCGUCCAUGAGAAGGUUUCGGAUCAUGCUUCAAUUGGUGGCAUGCGGACAGAUCCUCUGGUUUUUGUUUUUGCUGGUUUGGGCGGGCUGGCUACAACAAUGUCCACCACUCUUUUCUACCUCUAUCAACAUCCACAAUGCUUAAGUAAGCUCCGACAAGAAAUGGAUACCGCAGGUCGGGAAGGACACUCAGGCAUCAAAUCCGCGUCACAUCAACUCUUUACUUACAAGCAUGGAAUCAACAUGCCCUAUCUAGAUGCCGUCAUCAAAGAAAGUGCUCGGAUAUCGCCACCGAACGGAGCUCCUCUCUGGAGGGUCCUGCCAGAGGAAGGAGCAAUUGUCCAUGGGCACUUUCUACCUGGCGGAUCGGUAGUCGGCAGCAAUCUCUGGGUUGCACAUUACAACAAAAACGUGUAUGGCGCCGACGUUCAAGACUUUCGGCCAGAACGAUGGAUCCAGCCACCUGGAGAGGCCUUGUCACAUAUGAACCAGAAUUUGAUGAUGUUUGGUCUGGGGCCACGUACUUGUUUAGGCAAGAACCUUGCGUGUCUGGAGGUCUCAAAGCUCCUCUCGGUAGUGGUACGACGUUUUGACUUACAACCGAUACAUCCAACCUUGGAGAUCGAGUCAGAUUUCGUUGCUAAAGCAAGAAACCAUGAGGUGCUGGUUUCAAGGAUUGCGGAAAAGCUUCGGACCAGUUGCGAAUGAUUUCUGCCAGCGUCCCGAUGCAACAGCUGAGGAGCAGAUAUGUGGCGCUCGGCCACUCACUGGUGGUGACGCCUGAAUACAGUGGAUGCGACGACUACCGAGAAACACAAACAGGUCCCAGGAGAGAUUGCCUUAUCCUCGGGAUGUGCCGAGAA